AUGAAGACUGUUCCAAGAGAUUUGUUUAGCAUAAGUGACCAAAUUGAAUCUAAUGCCCCACACUGUUAUGAAAAUGAGCCGUCUGAACAUUUGGCGGGCUCAUCUAUUCCAGAUGAUAAUGAUGAAGUUGUCUUAGUAAGGAAUGAUUUACGAGCAACCAUUGUUGAUGUGCCUCCAGAAGGAUUUCUUGCACAACUUGAAAUUGAAUCAGAAGAGGAGUUUGAAUCGGAGGACGAGAUGAAUCAAGCAGCAGCUCUAAAGAAAAAGGUUUCGAAUCCAAACAAAGCGCAGAGUCCAAUGAAGAAUAUAGGUUUUGAUUUUCAAUAUCGAUCAAGUGCCGAAUUGGCCAAAAAAUUUCAGAUUAAGAGAGAAAAGCUUGCAAGUGAUCACAAAGAUAAAGCUAUGAAAGAGCAGGCAUCACUUGGAGUUAAAAGAAAGAGUCAUAUGCCUGCAACAUCAGAAGGACAAAGAAGACAAAGGUUAACAAAAUCCGAUGAGUCAGUUCAAAAGAUAGGAAGCAGUAAAUUGCCUAUGUACAGAUCAAUUAUCCAAUCGCCUUCAAGGGAAGAUCUGAAUACUUCACAAAACAUAGAAAUAAAAGGACAGAGCAAACAGAGGUUAACUCAAUUGGAGGAUCCCAUUCAAAAACAAGGAAUGAGUAAAUUACCUGUGCACACAUCCAUGCUCCCAUCAUUUUCACAAAAAGAUCCUAAUACUUCACAUAUGAUUAGAACACAAGGUGAAAGACAGAGACAACUUGACAUUCAGGAGAUACAAAAUUGCAAAAAGGUUAAAAAAAACUCGGUCCUACCGUCGACGAGUCAUAAUCAAUUUCUAGAAAAGUAUGGGAUACACGUUGCUGGUGGAAAACGUCCUGAUAUUCACCCAAUAGAUGAGCAUGAAAUAGAAUUGGAAAUUUUUGUUGAAGUUGGUGACGAUGAGUUUGUUAGAGAUGAGGACGCGAACAUUGAUUGUGCUGCAUAUGGGACAUCAGAAAAGAAAAGAGUUCGAGGGCAAACAACAUGUAAGAAUAUUCAUGCAAGAAGUUUUGAAGAAAGAGAGGAGGUAACAUUUGAUAAAGGACAGGCAGUGGGACCAACUGACAAGAGAGUGUCUGAUUUGACCAACUUUAUAGGAACAAUUGCAAGGAAUCCUAGAUUUAUCACCUUAGUGCAUACUAGUUGGCAUGCUGUGUCAAAGGAUAUUAAGCAACGAAUGUGGGAAUAUGUCAACUUCUUAUUUCCAACAGAAGGAGAGAAGUGGGUAAUGGCUGGUCUUCGUGAUGCCUGGAGGCGGCACAAGAGAAAUAUUAAGAAGAAACAUUUCAAUAAGAAUGCUACUGUUGAAGAUCUGCUACAAAAUCGUCCGAAUGAGAUACCAGAAGUUCAAUUCUGCCAAUUGCUUGAGUACUGGAAAGAUUGA